CUUUUUCAGAAGAAUAAAUGUGAAUGAACUCUAGUCAGCUUGGUGUAUGCUGCUGCGUGAAUCCAGGAUUUGUAAACAGCUGACAGCUCAGAAGAGAUUUUUUUUUUCAUUGAAAGACAGCCCUUACAAUGAAAAAAACAAAAGGAAGACUAUUGGAGAAAAUGACCAAUCUACACUAUAUUCUAGGAUGACAUAAACUUUCAUUAAAAAAGAACCAUGAAGAAUCAGUCCUCCAAAUAUGAUUUUGAUCAUCUGAAUUGUUACAGAGGAUACCAGUCAGCUGAAGAUAAAUGCUUUUCUUCUGAUCGAAUACAUUCAUAAUUAAAAGCAACAUUUGUUUUGUCUCUGCUAUAAUAACUAUCAGAAUGACCCACCGCAGAAAAUAUUUUCACAUUCCUUGGCAGCUUGCUAAGUUAAGUGUUUUCUUAUAUGCAUUCAUCUUUUUUUUAGUAAUAUGUUUGUGCCUUAUUGCUAAUAAUUGUAAAUUUUUGGCCAUUUUACCCAAAAUCAAAAAUCAAGAAAACACUGGUUUGAACUUGAUGGAAGGAUUUGCAGUAACUGCCAAACAGUUUCAUAAAUCUGACAAAGCAAAUGAAAUCAUUUUUCAGAAAAGCAACAUUUCCAGCUUUCAGAAGUUCAUAAGGAACAGAAAAGAAAAGAAACAAAGUGGAACUGUGACGCAAUUUGCUAAUGAAGAGACAACAGAGCCUGCCUCAAAUUCAUCUAUUUACCCUCACCCAUUCCAAUUUCUUAUUAAUGAAAAAGAUAAAUGUAAGCAGAAAACUCCUUUUUUGGUACUAUUAAUUCCAACCAGAGCUGAUGAAAAGAAGCACAGAGAAGCCAUCAGGAAAACUUGGGGAAAUGAAUCUGUGGUUCCUGGAAUUAAAAUUGUUCGCCUAUUUAUGUUGGGUUUUAGUGACAAAGACCAGAAUGAAAAUAUAUUGCAGGAAAGUAGGCAAUACCAUGACAUUAUUCAGCAAGACUUUUUAGACACCUAUAAUAACUUAACUCUUAAAACUAUGAUGGGCAUUAAGUGGAUUGCCACAUAUUGUAAUGGCACAAGUUUUAUCAUGAAAACAGAUAGCGAUGUUUUUGUGAAUACAAUAUAUUUAAUACAGGAGUUACUGAGGCCCAUUAUAUCUCCUUCACAGUAUUUUUUCACUGGUUGUCUUAUGAAAAAUUGUGAGCCUAUCCGUAAUCCUGACAGUAAAUGGUACAUGCCAAAAGAACUUUACCCAGGUGAUCAAUACCCAGAUUUUUGUUCAGGAACUGGCUAUGUCUUUUCUAGAGCUGUAGUUCCAAAAAUUGUCAGUGCCUCUUUAAAGGUCAAAUAUGUACAUUUGGAAGAUAUUUUUGUAGCUCUCUGUCUUGAAAGACAAGGAAUCACUAUUUCACCCCCACUCAGAAAUUCAUUUUUUAACAUAUAUAAAGUCCCAUUUUCUACUUGUGUAUAUAACAACAUAAUUACUUCCCAUGGAAUUAAUCCAACGGAACAGAUCAUUUUCUGGGAAACAUUGCAAAAGGAGAAACAUAUGUGUCAUAAAUAAAACACAUGUACAGUAGAGAUUCCAUGGGAAUGCAAGAUGAAAUUAUACUUUAUUUAAACUUUAUGAUUGCUGAAAGUGCAUCAUGAACCUCUAAUGGGGAUCUAGACAGAUAGACUUAAUGGGUGCCCAUACAUGUGCUCUGAUGCAUUGUAAUUAGAAUGUGUUGGAACAGACUCAAUUAAUCAAGACUGCUCUGCAUUUGAAUGAGAAUGCUCUAACAGUGCUGCAGCAUCAUAUGUAUAAACCCCUGUGGGUUUAAAAAUGGCUACUUGUGUGCUUUAACUAAUGCUUGUUAAACAUUUGUUAGUUAAAGCUUUAGUUAAAGCAUUCUUUGAUAUUUUUAAAUGCACAAGGCAUGUGACGCUGAGGCAUUUUAAUUAGUGUGGUUCUCCAGCAACCCCCAAACAGGUGUAUAGGCAGCCAAUGAUAUCAGUGAUUUUUGUACUCUAUUUAUAUGCAGAAAAAGCUUUUUAGUCUAAAAAUAUGUUUUGUCUCCACAGAAGAAUUUCACUAUAAGCACAGUUCUGAAAUAAUGGUCAUUGCAAUGUAGAUGUUGAAAUGAUUUAAAGCUUUCUUCCUACUUCAGAUAGCAUUUCAAAUAAAGAAAUGGAAUAAUUGUAUUUUCCUUUAUCUUCUAAAACCACUGUAUUUUGCUCCUCACAGUUAGAAACCUGUCUUAGUUAUGCUCACUCACAAACUGCUCAUCCUUGACUAUACCUGCUUUUUAAAUAAAAAAUUAAAAAGCAAUGCCCACACUACACUUUUGAAGAAACAAAAAAGAUUACCUUCUAGUUCUUAGUUGCUGAUGAAGAUGAAAUAAUGAACUCUCAUCCCCACUUGUAGUUCUCUGAUCUGGUUUCUCAAUUUGGUGUACUAGAUAAUUGGGAUGGUUCAAAUAAAACCAUAGCCCAAUGAUAAUUGGUUGUUAAUUGCAUUUUAACCUAAGUCAACAUGUUUUGUUUUGUUUUAUUCUGUUAAUGUGUUCCACCCUCCUGUAUCACAAAAAAAUGAGGUUUUAAAUUAGUUUUUACACCUAAAGUUGCUUCCCAUGGGUUGAUUGGUAAGGUUGAAAUUCCUUCUCUACUCAAGUUGAGGCCUGCUAAUCCCUCUAACUUCUAAUCAUUCUAUAGCUGACACAGUGCACCAUAUGGAUUCCCUGUGGAGAUGAAUGGAGGCCAGAGCUGGCCUUAGGGAAAAUACCACCCUGGGAAAACUUGUAUUUUGGUGUCCCCCCGCACACAAGUCAGUGGCACUGCUGCAAGAAGAGGUGAUUAGGCAGGCACACAGGAUGCAAUCCAGUAGGGAGACAGAGUGACAUGGUGCACAAGGCAAGCAGGCAGGCACCACUGCUACCACCUGCACUGCCUGGCCCAGCUCCUCCUGAUCAGUGGCUGAAGGUGGGGAAUGAGCUGGGCUGGGCACCUCAUCUCCUGCCUGGGGUGGGGAUCAGCCAGGGCAGAGCAGGGUGGGGGCAGGGUAGGAGGAGAGCAUUGCUGUAAAUGUGUGUGUGUGUGGCACCCUCCUGACCAUGGUGCCCUAGGCUGUCAUCUCUAUUGCCCACCCUUUAGGCUGACUUUGAUCAAGGCUGUAUACUGAAGCAGAUUGGCCUCUACUUCAUUUGUUGCAAAAAUCAAGAAGUGAAUGAAGGAAAUAGAAUAUAGAAAGAGAAAGGAUUGCCAUUGAAGGCAGCUGAAUUAAUGUCCUAGAGUACUGAAUUCUAUAUGAAUAUCUGUUCUUUAAAAUAACACAAUCUAUCCUACAUAUGAAAUGUGGCUGGUAUCUUGUGAGAAAAUUUUGUGUUAGCAAAGACUGAAUCAUAAUGUUAUACAGGCAACAGGAGGCUGAAUCAUAAGGCUAUACAGGAGGCUGAAUUAAAAUUAUACAGACAACAUUA